CGCUGAUGUCGCCAGUGCGCAUGUGCGUCACCCCACACGUGCGGUGAACGUUUGGACCUGCUGCAUGCGAGAGAGCUGAGAGACUUCCUAACUACAGAAGCUAUUACUGCCAGAAAGUAAAUAUCUCGUCUUGUUGCCUUUUCAACCCCAGGUGAAAGAAAAUAGUCCUCCGUGAAGCAUUUCGCCGAGAGGGCCGGAAUACGAGGAUAAACAAGUCAAAAUGACUGAAGCUCAAGUGAACCCAAAGGCCUACCCACUGGCCGACGCCACGCUGACCAAAACCAUCCUGGACCUGGUGCAGCAAGCAUCGAACUACAAACAGCUGAGGAAGGGGGCUAAUGAAGCCACUAAAACCCUGAACAGAGGCAUCGCUGAGUUCAUUGUGAUGGCCGCUGAUGCUGAACCACUGGAGAUCAUCCUCCACCUGCCACUGCUCUGCGAGGACAAGAACGUCCCGUACGUGUUUGUCCGCUCCAAGCAGGCCCUGGGUCGGGCCUGUGGGGUGUCGCGCCCCGUUAUAGCUACCUCAGUCACCAUAAAGGAGGGGUCUCAGCUCAAGCCGCAGAUUCAGUCUGUCCAGAUGGCUAUCGAGAGACUGCUUGUGUGAUCUUGCACUGUAGUGACAUAUUCUCCUUGACUAAAAAGGGGAAGACUAUUUCCAGAUUGAGAGUAAUUUGUCUUCUGUUUGAUAAAAAACAGUUAUAAGGUUUUUUUGUUUUUUUUUUUUGUUUUUUUUACUUUUUAGGACAUUG